AUAUUGUUUACUUUUAUUUUAGGUUAAGGUUAUGUCAUCCUAAUUUUUGAGGUUAUUUUUUUUUGGAAAUUUAAGAAAUUAAAACUAAUUAUAGCCAUAAAACGUUGGAAAAAUGAGUUUUAAUUUAAUAAAGAAUGGUUUUAACGUUUUAUUCGCUACCGUAACAUUUUUAACAACGUUUUACACCAUGGCCCAUUUUACGUUCUUUUUAUCGAAUCCGAAUUAUUUCACUCCAAAUGAAACUCAUAUUCAAGAUGAUUUAUUCACGAUAAUUCGAAAUUUAUUUAUCGAUACCAUUCUAAUAUCGACGUUUAUUCUACAACAUUCUUUAAUGGCACAUAAAAGUUUUAAGGAAUUCCUAUUAAAGUACAAAAUAGAAAGUUUACAACGAUGCAUUUACGUUUUAGCAACAUCGAUAAGUGUACAACUGUUAUUGGUUUUUUGGAAAAUCAUUCCGAGCGUUUCUUUAUGGAGUUAUAAGUUUAAUAAUGAUCCAAUUUGGUGGAUUUAUCUUAUUGUACAUACGUUUGGGUGGAUGUUGAUUUAUGUUUGUAGUAUUCUUAUGGAUAUUGGAGAGCUUCUUGGGUUUAAACAAGUUUAUUAUGGGAUUAAUAAUCUCGGAGAUCCCUUUAACCAUAAAUCACAACGUUUACAAAAGCUUUAUAGACAUAUGAGACAUCCAGGAUUUCUUAUUUUAAUCAUAAUAUUUUGGGGAGUUCCCGUUAUGAGUUUGGAUCGGAUUUUAUUAUCAACAAUGUUAUCUCUUUACAUGUACAUUGCAUUUAGAACGGAUGUUAGUGAUUAUGAGUAUCAACGCCAACAGUAUUUAAGAAAAAUUGAUCAUUUACGCUAAAUUUUUUGGGAAAUUUAAAUCUAAUGAAUUAACUAAUGCAGCUUUAUUAUGUUAUUUUCUUUUUAUAAUAAUAAAUUAAUAAACUUUU